AUGGAUGGGUUGGAGUUGAGGAUUGUACUGCUGGGUAAGAGUGGAGCUGGAAAGAGUACAACAGGAAACACCAUCCUGGGCAAAACGGUCUUUAAAGAAGAUUCAACUUUUGAGUCUAUCACAUCAGUUUCUCGUAACGAGAGUGGAACAGUGUUUGGGAGGCAGAUCACAGUGGUCGACACCCCAGGACUGUUUGAUACAUCUAAGACACCAGAUGAGCUGAAAAGUGAGAUAGAGAAGUGUGUCAACAUGUCUGCUCCUGGGCCUCACGUCUUCCUGCUGGUGAUCAGAUUAGGGGUGAGAUUCACACAGGAGGAGAGGAAUGCAGCGAAGUGGAUCCAGGAGAACUUUGGCAAGAGAGCGGCAGAGUUCACUAUGGUACUGUUCACUCAUGUUGAUCAGCUGAAGGGGAAAUCAGUGGAACACACCUUCAAUUUAGACAUUCGGAACAUCAUAGACAAGUGUGGAGGAGGAUAUCACUCCUUUAAUAAUUUAGAUGACCAGACUCAAGUGCAAGAGCUGCUGGAGAAGAUUGAUGCCAUGGUGGAGAAGAAUGGUGGAAAACACUACACAAACAAGAUGUACCAGGAGGCUCAGAGAAAGAUGAGAGAAGAGGAGGAAAGAAAGGAAGCUGAGAGGAAGAGACAGGAGGAAGAGGAGGAAAGAAAGAAGUAUGAGAGGAAGAGAAAGGAGGAAGAGGAGGAAAGAAAGAAGUAUGAGAGGAGAAAACAAGUAAUAAAAGAUUUUGUCAAAACAGUAGGAACAGGUAUUGGAGCAGUUGUGGGUGUUAAAAUUUUCAUGAAAGAUCCUAAUAUAUUACAUUAUAUUGGAGCAAAAUAUCCUUCACUUAAUCCUUUAGUUGGCAUGGCAACAGUAAAUCCUUUAGUUGGUGCAGCAGUUGGAGGUGUGACUGGGGCAGUAGCAGCCCCAAAAGAGGAGGAAUUUGAGAUGAAAGAAGACCAUGGAUUGAAAAGAUACUAUUUUGUGAUACUGAUUAUAGCAGAUUUAAGUCUGUAUACCCUAGUAUGGAUGAUCAUCUAUGCGUAG